AUGGCGGCGACAUGGCGAAGACCGUGGUUUAAACUGCUCGCCCUGGCGCUGUGCUCACUCAAGUCGCUCAUCCGAGGGGUGAAGAAUCUGCGAUUCACUUUCAACAAAUCGCACUGCUGGAUCACGCCAGCGGGGCUGCGUAUACGCGUAUCGCAAACGGCUACGGUGGUUGAGCAACCAGCGAACACGCCGCACUUGACCGAGUUAUCGGAGUUCACUGCCGCGCCGAGGCAUGAUUCAGUAAAGCAGCUUAUAGAGAACAUUGCCAGCCCGCAGUUUGACUUGGAAUCGCUCAUCAAGGUCAUGGCGAGGGAAAAGCAGCCGAGGGCGCAGGCGUUGGAGACGCCGGGCGAUUCGGAGGCGAGUACCGCCACGCAAAGCCCAGCCCGGGUUAAGAAAGUCAAGCAGGUGGUGGCGAAAAAGCCGAAGGUGGAGUAUGACAACGACUACAUUGAGCUGCAGUACGACACCAAAAGGCAGCCCUUCAGACACGUCGAAGAGAACGAGUGCUCCAUCCCCAACUUCGCGAAUGUCUGGAACGCAAUUGUGGAUAUGAGAAAAGAUGAAAACGCACCCGUUGACACUAUGGGCGCGCACUGCUGCGCUGACGAGAGCGCAGACAAGGCGACUUACGAGUACCAAACUCUCAUCGCCUGCAUGCUCUCCAGCCAGACCAAGGACGCUGUAACUGCGGCGGCCAUGGACGCUCUUAAGGAGCGUGGGUUGAACGUGGAGUCGGUGGCCAAGAUGCCAGAGGAAGAGUUGGAUUCGCUUAUUUCCAAAGUUGGAUUCCACAAGACGAAGGCGAAGCAUAUCAAGCAGGCGACUGACAUAAUAAUUGAAAAGUACAACGGAAGGGUUCCUGACACAAUCCAGGAACUAGUAUCGCUACCGGGAGUAGGACCUAAGAUGGCAAACCUCGUGAUGCAGCUGGCAUUCAAGCGCAUUAAUGGAAUCGCUGUCGAUUUGCACGUUCACAGAAUCGCAAACAGGUUGGGAUGGGUGAAAACUAAGACACCCGAAGAAACGAGAAUCAAAUUGCAGUCUCUGCUGCCUCAGAAGCUGUGGGCAGAGAUCAACCACCUUUUGGUGGGUUUCGGGCAGACAAUAUGCGUGGCUGCGGGGCCUGGAUGUGCCACCUGCGCAGCCAACACGUGGUGUCCAACCGGAAGGGCGAAUCUCGCAAAGUGA